UGUCAAAUAAAUAUUUUGUUGGUGUUGUUGUAUUAAUGCACGUGUGUUUUAGAUAAUUCAAAUUAUAUAUACAAUAUAUUCUUACAAAUAUGGAUGCUUACGAUAUAUUCAAAAAACUGACGAAGGGAUUAAAGUUUAAACAUCGAGUUUUGGGAGUAAAAAACCAACAAGAACAAACUAUUCCAUUGACAUUAAAAAAAGAAGAAGAUAUAAAACAGGAAAAGACAGAGCUGAAUAACUCUUCAAAUGACUUGGAACUUGAAAAGGAACAUGAUGAUAGUAACUUGAGGUCUAAAGAUGAAUACGAUGAAAAUAAUUCUGAUUCUGAAAAUGAUUUAAAUUCUGAAAAUGAACACGAUGAAAAUGAUUCAAGUUCUAGCAAUGAAUACAAUGAGGGAAACUUAGUGUCUAAAGGUGGUAAAAAUAAUAUCUUAGAAAAAGAUGGUGAAUUGCAGUUGGUCAAAGGUAUUACUGUGGAAAAUAAAAAGGAAAAGAAAAAAAGAAGUAAACUAGAUCCAGAACAGUUGAAGAAGAAACUUGAAUUGGAAGAGCAAAACCGUUUUCGCAACUUGCAUGGCAUCAAAGCAAUUGGAAGACAUGUACCAAAAGCAUUAGAAGAUUUCUCAGAUCUUGUAACUCGGUACAAUAUAGCACAUACCCUGGUGGAUACAGUCAUAAAGUGUGGAUAUUCAGAGCCUACACCAAUUCAGCGACAGGCUAUACCUUGUAUACUAGAGGGACGCCAAAUAGUAGCAUGCGCCCCAACGGGCUCUGGUAAAACAGCAGCUUUUAUAGUGCCAUUGUUACAUUUACUGGGGGCACCUUCAGGUGGCCCGAGAGCCCUAGUGCUUUGCCCCACGAGGGAAUUGGCUCAUCAAAUAUAUCGUGAAGCGUUGAGGCUGUCAGAGUCAACACAAUUGAGGUGUACAGUUAUUAAAAGUGUAAAGGAAAGCAAGAUUAAGGAACGAGAGACUACUAUAAGGAAAAGUGAUUUAGUAAUAAGCACGCCAAAUCGUUUGUGCUACCUGCUCAAUCAAGAAAACGUAGGCAUCAAUUUGGAUAAGGUUCAAUGGCUAAUCAUAGACGAGGCGGACAAAUUGUUCGAGGGUUCAACAGAAGAAGUGGAUACAUUUAGACAGCAACUCGAUGUCAUAAUAGCCGCUUGUAAAGCCAAGCUCGCUAUGUUCAGUGCCACACAUACUCCCGCGAUAGCGAAAUGGGCCCGACACAAUAUGAGGGGACUCAUCAAUGUCACUGUUGGACUCAGGAACGCCGCGGCCACGACGGUGGAACAGGAGCUGAUGUUUUGCGGAAACGAAAAUGGAAAACUAGUUGCCUUCAGGCAGUUAGUGCAAAAAGGACUCAAACCACCUGUUCUAGUGUUCGUACAAAGUAAGGACCGAGCAAAGCAACUGUUCAAAGAGCUGAUCUAUGACGGUAUCAAUGUGGACGCCAUACACGCGGACAGAACACAAGCGCAGCGAGACAACGUAGUGCGCAGUUUCCGUGUGGGCCGCAUCUGGGUUCUGAUCUGUACGGAGCUGAUGGGGCGUGGGAUAGACUUCCGCGGCGUCAACCUGGUCAUAAACUACGACUUCCCGCCCUCCGCCAUAUCUUAUAUACAUAGGAUAGGUCGUGCGGGGCGCGCGGGGCAGAAAGGUCGGGCGAUAACAUUUUUCACGCAAGACGACGUUGUCAACCUUAGAAGCAUCGCGUCAGUAAUGAAGCAGUCGGGUUGCGCAGUGCCCGAGUACAUGCUGACGCUGAAGCAGAACGCCAACAAGAGGAAGAAUCUGCUGAAGAAGGCCCCCCAUCGAGACAAGAUCUCCACUAGACUGGAGAAGCCAGAAAAGAGAAAACAUGAAGAAAAAUCAGACAAAAAUGAAACUGACAAGACAAAAGACACACAUGUGGUUAAAGAUGGCAAAAAUAAGAAGCAAAGGAAAAUUGUAAAUGGAGACUCCAGUAACAAGAAACAGAAAAGCGUAAAGGAAAAAGGAUCGAAAGAAAUACGAAACAAUGAAAUGAAGAAGACAAAUACUAAUUUAGGUAAAAAUAAGAGGAAAAAGAAGAAUUUCUCGAAGCCUGUUGUAAAGAAAUGAUAAUAAAUUCUUAAUUCGUUUUU